UGGCAUCAAUUAUGGUGCACGUUCGUUGAGCAGAGUAUAAAUAUUCAAAGGGAAACGAAAUUCUUGCAUACAAACAAAAAUGUCGGCAACCAAAUUUAAUAAACGGAUAAUCGAUAUAAACAGAAUUCUCAAUGAAUAUGAUUCCUAUUUUUGGACUAUACCAUUGUUGGUCGGCAUAAUUGUAAUCACAUCAUUACCAUUGACUUAUAUAUCUGCUGUAUUUGUUGGUAACAGUUAUCCAAUAUCAUUGGUAAGUGAUGUUGGUGCCGUUCUGCCAGCCCGUGGUUAUUUCUCACAAUCAGCUGAUGCUGUUGCCAUUUUAUUAGUGAUAACAGCAUAUCUACGCUGUAAACAAGUGGAAUUUCAUCUUUUCCAACAAUUUAAAUUGAAUCAUCAAAAUGAUAAUGAUGAUGACGAUAAUAAUAAUGAAUGUACAAUAACAAAUGGCAAAACAACAACCCAGACUAUGAUAGUGAUGAAUAAACAAUUGAUUAACGAAUUAAAUGACAGAAAUUAUCGUUAUUUUAUUUGCAUGAUAAUAACAGCAUUUGGCUUUAUGUUGAUUGGAAAUUUUCCAAGUAAUGAUCAUCUUAUUGAACAUGCAAUUGGUGUCAUAUGCGUUUUAUUCUCGUUGAUUUAUCUAUUUGAUCAGCUUUAUAUAUGCCAAAACUUAUAUGACUAUGGUCGCAUUGAAAAUCGACCAUUAACAUUGACUAUUGUAACGUGUUUAAUAGUUAUCGCAUGGAUUGUGACUAUGCCCACUAUAUUGAUUGCAUUAUUUCAUCAUGAAUCAACCUUGUUGGUUUUCUUCGACAAUAACAUCCGAAUGAAAUGGACGGAAGACAAACCCGGUGCCGAAUGGUUCAAAGCAACUGUCAUUGCUGAAUGGACAGCAUUAUUGUCGUAUUCGCCGAUUUUUCUAAUUAUAAGCAAAAGAAUGUAUCAAUUUCGAAAAUGGAAACAAAUAUUCCAGCACAAUGUCAAAUAAUAAUAAUUUUUAUUUUCCAAAAAAGAAAUCAUUCAAUGAUAAUGAGAUUUAUAUAGAUAAUUAUUUCAAUACUUGAUUGUGAAAGUGUGAGAAUAAUGGAGGGCAAAAAAAAUGAAAGUUUACAUUUAAUUCAUGUAAUGGUAUGGUAUGGUAUUUGAGGAUGAUUUCGAUGAAUUGAAUAUGAAUAAAAUUAAAUCAAAUCAAAUAACAAAUCGACAUUCGCGAAUCAAAAAGAAAAACAAUAAUAAAUGAAUGAAGAGAAAUUAUUCAAACUUGAUUUCGUUGUUGUUGCGUCUUGUGUGAUUUAAAUAGAAUAAUUAUAAGGAUUAGUUAAUCAAACAGUUUUUUUUGUUAAAGAAUGUGAGAUUAUAUUGUGAAUGAGUAUAAAUUUGGUCAAUACAUGUGUGUGUGUGUGUGAGAAUCAUUACUUUUUUUGUUUUUUGUUUCAAAAAAAUGUUACAAAAAUAAUUUC